GCUGUCCUCCUGUCCACCGUCAGAAGGAAACGCUCACUUAAAGCGGUGCGCAGCAACAGCAGCAGCAGCAGCAGCAGCAGCAGCAGCUCCCUCCUGGAGGUUACACACUAACAGAGAGCCACCUCCGCUUCUUCUGCCGCAGCGGACCCACUCGGACUCCAACACAGUUUAUUUCUUCCAGCAGCAGCACAGAGAGGAGCGGAACUUUGGAGACAUGCAGUCUGUGUACCAGCACCUCAUCAGCCUGCUGUUCGUCUUCAGCAGCCUGCAGGUUCCUCAGCUGACCGAGGGCUGCUCGUGCGCGCUCACGCACCCGCAAGAUGCCUUCUGUAACUCCGACAUAGUGAUCAGAGCUAAGGUGGUCGGCAAGAAGCUGCUGAGAGAUGGACCUUUUGGAACAAUGCGCUACACCAUCAAGCAGAUGAAGAUGUACAAAGGAUUCGAGAAAGUUCAGCAUGUGCAGCACAUCUACACGGACGCCUCCGAGAGUUUGUGCGGCGUCAAGUUUGAGAUCAACAAGUACCAGUACCUGAUCACAGGUCGGGUGUACGACGACAAAGUUUACACGGGGCUCUGCAACUUCAACGAGCGGUGGGAACGACUGUCGCUGGCGCAGAAGAAGGGCUUCAACCACCGCUACCAGCUGGGCUGCAACUGCAGGAUUAAGCCCUGCCACUACCUGCCCUGCUUCGUGACUUCGAAGAACGAGUGCCUGUGGACGGACAUGCUGUCCCACUUUGGUUAUCCCGGCUACCAGUCCCGACACUACGCCUGCAUCCAGCAGAAAGAGGGCUACUGCAGCUGGUACCGAGGCAUGACCUCCCGCGAUAAAACCAUCAUCAACGCCACUGAUCCCUGAUUCCAGGCACACCACGCCCAGAAACCAACGCUCUCCCGCCCCGUUUCUGUCCCCCAUCUCGGAUUCCUCUUACUGGACUCGUGACGGCCUUCUUUAAAAAGGCAGAAAAGAGCAGAUAUAAUACAGUGCCUGUCUGUAGCACUUCUGAUAGAAAAAAAAACAAAAAACAAAGCGUCGUUGUAAAGGUUGCCCUUUAGACUUGUAAAGUUUUCCUACUUCAGUCAGCUACCAUCGUGUUUUAAUCCGUGGUAGAAACAGUAGACGUUUAUCAGACGUUUAUACGGGAAGACCAUUAUCAACCUCAGUUGGGAUCGUAAAAUUGAAAAAGUGGCACCGACUUUAAGCAGCUAAUCUACUGAUUUGAUAUCUUGCCAAUAACACAGACCAUCUUCCUAAAGUAACACACACCAAAUUAAAGAUUGAGGUGAAAUCUGUUCAUAAUCGUACACCUGCUAGCAGCACUGCCAAAACACUUCUCAAUAAUGAUUUUGUGCCAAUAUUGAGGGAUCAGAAUUAUACUUGUUAGAUUCAAAUUCUGAAAAUGUAGAUUCAGAUCAGCCAUGUUGAGUUUUACUGCAGCAUCCGUCUUUACCACGGCUGUACCUCGGCUUCCCUGAAUGUUUCUAGUGCAACUCACCUACAGUUGCACCUCAGCCCCGUACUCUUCCUCCUUUGUUGUGCAUAGAUUAUCAAACGUUAACACUGAUUCAGUGCCAACAGAGGGAGGAGUUCUUUUUUCUUUUGAGUUGUGAUAUUUUAUUUUAUGCUGUAUAUAAAAAUAAGCUAAAGAAAUGCUGAAAUCUCUAUAAUGCAUUUAUUUAUGUUUAUUGGAUUACACAGUAACCCUGGUAUACAUGCAAAGACAGAAUUAAAAAAAAGUACAACACAUCAAAUCA